CGGUGUCUCGUUCCAUCGUACCCUAAUGAAAACGGAGCGGAUAAAGACCUGACGGAUAGAUCUCUAAUCUCAGGUCAACAGACUCUGUCCGAGAUCCAGCUCCUCUCUCUCCACCGCCUCAAACGUUCCCCGAAAGCACCUUCACCCACCACCAAGUCACCAACCCCAUCCCUCAAUUAUAAAUUUAUAUAAUAUUAUCACUGACCUCAAGUUGAUCCAACCUCCAGUCAAAAAUUUCUUUUUUGGUAGGAGAGAUCAAAGGAGGGUGUGAUUUAAGGGGGCCUGAAUUCCAAGAAACCCAUUGCCUCUUCUGCUACGAGGUGCUGUUGGAUUUCAGGCAGGAGCUCUGAAUCAGGGGGUUUCAGGUUUCAGGAAGCACAGCAAUGUCUGGCAAGGAAAUCUUCCACAAGGUGAAGGACAAGGUGAAAGAUGCUUUUAGUUCAUCAGGACCAGAAACAGGGAAAGGCAAGACAAAGUUGUCAGGCAGGCGUGUCAAGCAUGGUUACCAUCUGGUGAAGGGCAAGUCAAAUCAUCCAAUGGAGGACUAUCUAGUGGCAGAGUACAGGCAAGUUGGCGAACAUGAUUUGGGUUUGUUUGCGAUAUUUGAUGGUCACCUGGGCCACACUGUGCCAGAGUUUCUGCGUUCCCAUCUUUUUGAUAACAUCUUGAGUGAGCCAGAGUUCUUGAGUGACCCAAAAACUGCUAUCCGAAAAGCAUAUCAGCUUACCGAUGAGAAAAUAUUGGAAAAUGCAUCGGAGUUGGGAAGAGGAGGCUCCACUGCUGUUACUGCUAUCUUAAUAGGCAGUGACAAGUACGUGAAUCUUGUAGUUGCAAAUGUUGGGGAUUCGCGAGCAGUUAUUAGCAAGAGUGGUGUGGCGAAGCAGCUUUCAGUUGAUCAUGAACCAAACAAGGAGCAGCCAUCAAUCGAGAAAAAGGGUGGCUUUGUGUCAAACCUACCAGGUGAUGUACCACGUGUUGAUGGGCAACUGGCAGUUGCAAGGGCAUUCGGAGACCGGAGCUUAAAGAAGCACCUCACCUCUGAGCCAGAUGUGGUCGAAGAACCAAUUGAUGAAAAUAUGGAUUUUCUAAUUCUAGCAAGUGAUGGCUUGUGGAAGGUGAUGUCGAACCAAGAGGCGGUGGACGAGAUCAAGGACUUCAAGGAUGCGCAGGCAGCCGCAAAGCACCUGACUGAGCAGGCUGUGAACAGGAAGAGCAAAGAUGACAUAUCAGUCAUCGUCGUCAAGUUCCUGUGCUAGCGAAAUGUCAAGCUGUUCACCUCCAAGUUGUACAACUGUUGUCGUGUUAAACGGUCUUAAUGCUUGCUGCUGUCGGGUAUUGUGUUUAACCUUCUUUUGUUUUGGGGACAAUCCACAAAGGGUAUCAAUCAAGGCUUGUAACGUAUUGUUGUGUGUUAAAGGCUCCAAAUAAAGUAUGUAUCAACUACCAUCAUUGUAAUUUAAGUUCGUUGUUGUUCA